AUGUGGCUAACCCUCUCAGGGUGGUUCGAGGACGCCGUCACAGAAUCCGUGCUAUACAAUUCGCCCAAGUUUCAUGAAUGGAAAGGCCAUCAUGGAUGGAGAGACCAUAAUGAGCCCACGACCGACUAUUGCACACCUUAUGAUGAGAGUGAAAUCCUUUAUGAAGCGCCUAUCACUGUUUAUCGGAAAACUCCCAGUUAUGACAGCAGCGUUAGAAAACUAUCUGAUUACUUGAAAAAAGAUGCCAAGCAGGUCUAUCUUGACGGGAUGCGUACUGUGCGGAUUUGCGAUCUGGAUUUCAGUAUGUUCCGUUCUGUCAACAUGAGGAAGAAAUACAAGGAUGAGAUUUUCUGGACCCCUCCUGGACCUUGCGGCAUCCGGGAAGGUCUGCGUAUGCCGUCAGACACGUUUGAAAUAAUGGAAGAGAUAUCAUGCAGGCGGACAUGCAAAGUCAUUGACAGUAUUACGUGGCAGCGGGCGUUGAAACACAUGCAGCUGUCUCCAUGGUCUGAUAGCAAAAGAGUAGCACGUCGAGGAACGCGUACCGAGAUUGAAUUUUACCUUGAGGACGAAGUGGGAGAAGAUAUGGAAGAAGAUUGGUUACAGGAUUCAAGCAUAGAGAGAAGUUGA